AUGGACGAACAAUCUACUGGUCUGGUGCAUAGCUCGUCAAUCCGCACCAGAAUGGCCAUUCCCAACAUCAAAAUGACUAAUCCAAUUAAAAAACUGGUCAGUAAACAAAGAAAACGUUAUACUGAAGAUGGGUUCAACCUCGAUUUGACUUACAUUCAACACAAUGUGAUAGCAAUGGGAUUUCCAGCAGAAAAUUUAGAAGGUGUAGUCUACCGAAAUCAUAUAGAUGAUGUAAGCAGGCUCCUUGAUCAGAAACAUCCUAAUCAUUAUAAAAUAUAUAAUCUUUGUUCAGAAAGAUCUUAUGAUUCUCGGAAGUUCCACCAGCGUGUGGCUACCUACCCAUUUCAAGAUCAUAAUCCACCAAGUAUUGAAGUGAUCAAACCUUUUUGUGAAGAUGUCCAUCAAUGGCUCGCUAGAGACAGCAGAAAUGUAGCUGCUGUGCAUUGUAAAGCUGGAAAGGGCCGAACUGGUGUAAUGAUAUGUUGUUAUCUAAUACAUAGUUUACAGUGUUUAUCAGCAGAAGAAGCUCUCAAUUAUUAUGGCCAAAAGAGAACAUUUGAUAAAAAGGGUGUCACUAUUCCCAGUCAAAGAAGAUAUGUAAACUAUUAUGCAUUGUUAGUUGAAAAAAAUUUAAAUUACAAGCCUGUGGUAUUGACUGUAAAGGAAAUAAAAUUAGAUCCAGUGCCUAAUAUUUUUAAUUCGGGGCAAACAUGUAUCCGUUUAGUAAUAUCAGAAUGGAUAAAUGGAGAUAGUUCAAAAAUCAGAAAAGUCUAUUCAUCUGAUGUACAGGAUAUGCGACGUAAUGCUUCUGAUGUAACAAUUCGUUUAACACAAAUGACACAAGUCCUCGGAGAUGUGAAAGUAGAGUGUUAUAAUAAACAUAAAAUGAAGAAAAAGGAAAAACUAUUUCAUUUCUGGUUUAAUACUUUUUUCGUUCGUGAACCGGCUGUUACUGAAAAUGGUAAUAGAGAAAAUAAACAUUGUGGCCAGCAGGAAAAAACUGUCCAUACUAAUAGUAUGGAUGACUCAACUAACUUUCGAUUUCCAAAUAAUCAAAUGCGUACAAACUCUAUUGGUCAUGUGGGUGGAAGUGAUAAUCGCCUGUUGACAUUAAACAUGAACAAAUGGGAUUUGGACGGCCAUAAGGAUAAACAAAAUAAACUUUUUAGUGCUGACUUCCAUGUAAGCUUAUUAUUUGAACGUACUGAUGUUUCCGAACCAGUUGUUGGUGAAACACUAUCAGAAAGUGAAUCAAGUAGUUGCACAACAGCUGAAGAAGAAGAAGAUGGAUGGGAAUCUGGCUUUCGUAAACCUGUCGCUUGA